AUGGCGACGAGCGCGAGCGCUGGACAGGUCCUCGGAAGCGUCGCCGCGAUGUGCGCCGCCGGUGGGGCGAUGUACUACGCCAUCAACGUCGCGCGCGUGUUCGGAGGAGAGACGCCGAGCACGAUAAACAAGGAGUGGGCGCAAGCGACGGCGGCGCGAGCGAAGUCGUGGCCGAGGGAGGGGAGCGAGACGCCGAUCGCGCUGGACCCGAUGUCGGGGGCGCGCCGCGCGUGA